CAAUAUAAUCGACAUAAUAAUACGAGCUAUGACUUAAAUAAUACUCAUUAAAUAUCAUUUGUGCAAAAGGCUAGUAACCAGAUAACGAAAAUCGUUAAAAUGGUGUUCAGAAUCGUCAUAGCAGGAGAAUCUCAAUGUGACAUGUUUGCUGAAGUUUUUCUUAUCGCAGAUUAUCUUGCACAAACAUUACCAAAUUUUUGUUGUGAAAGAAUAGAAAAACAGGUAUUGGAAUGGAAGACAUGGUUGUCCAAAAUAAAUCAAAAGAACAAAUGGCACCACACAGGAUGUCCUCUCGUAUGGAAAGAACAUUUAGUGUCGGGAAGUAAGCCACAAUACAUUGGAGGAGCGUCAGAAUUUUUUGAUUUUUGCUAUUCCUACUAUAAAUUUGACGUGUAUAUGCUGCCUGAUAGAUAUCAGCAUCUGAUAACAAAUUUUAAGCAAUACAGCAAAAAGAUAAAACAAGAACAGAAAUGUAUAACUGGUCUCACAUUAGACUUUAAACAUAAUGAAGAGCCUCCGAAAACUUCUUUUACUGUAUGUAUUUCUCGCGCUGGAAACCCCAUGGCUAUGUAUUUAAUAUCAGGACUUCUAGAAAUUAUUAAUAAAGAGAGAAGUAUAUCGAAAAUAUAUGUUUAUGACGAUCACAACCCUAAUUCAUUGCCAUUUCUUGAACUAGUCGAACGGGAAUGUAGCUAUAUUGGAACACAAUACCCAAGCAAAGUAGUAAGAUAUGUCGAUAAAAUUGGAGUGGCCCUAACAAAUACAGAUUUAUUAAUUAUAUUAGAUCACGUUCCAUUUUCACCGGAACUCUCGAUUGGAGGAUGGUUACACGAUAAUAAAGAAGUAAUGUUAAAACUGGCAAUGAUGAUUAAUGCAUCUGCCUCUCGAAAAAUGUUUGUUAUUGUUGCAAAUUUGGGGCCAGCUUGUUAUAACGCAACAGUUUUAGGAAAUGCAGUCACAAGCGUAAGAAAAAAAAAUAUAGUCGUUGCCACUUCAGAUUUGGGAAUGGAAAUAGCCCCAAUAAUUGCUGAGAAAGCAGAAAUUCCAUUAAGAAAUAUGUUUUGUCCGCCUGUUUGGGGAUUUGUUGGAGUUAAUCACUUAAUAGAUAUUAACACUACAGUUCACAAGUACAAUGUAUUUGAUCCCCACGAAAGAUAUGUAAGAGUAAAGAAUUCAAGUCUUUGUAUUGGUACUCUAACACCAGAAAUGAGAACCCUCGAAUAUCUCAUGCAUUUUGACGAUCAUCUAUGGAUAACUGUUGCUAGUAAAAAAGCAAAAAGUAACGGAAAUAUAACGAAUUUAAAUAAAAGUUUGGCUAUUUUAGCAAUCGUUAAAUCAUGGCUUUUUGACUGCCAGCCCAACGAUAUUGUUAGUCUUGGGAUUAAAUGUAAUGGCACUUUCGGAUUGUCAUUUGAUGGUUGCCUUUCGCAACCAGCGCAUUUGGUAAAUGGUACAUGGCGUCCAGCAGGUGACUUUAUGUUACCAAAAGAUAAGCACAUCAACAUCACUCAUCUUCAAGACAUAGCGAAAUUAUGUAUGAAACUUGAAAAAAAAGAUCUGCCUGAAUUGGUUCCUCGCCGACUUUGCUUUUGUAAGACUAAAAAAGAGCCCAUUAAUCGAGUAUGGGUGCGUCCAGGAUUUUUCUGAAGAUUUUCCUGGCCUGAUAUAAAUACUACUGAUUUUAAAAUAUUGUGUAAUUGUGUUAACGUUUACUGCGAACGCACUCCAAUGUUAACAGAACGCACUCUAUGGUUUACACUGUCAAUGUCAAAUGUCAGCAUUCUUGAAUGGCAUUUAAUUUUGACAGUUAUUCUUGAGUAGUAGGUAUCUACCUACUGAAACUGAAUACUGAGUUAGACUGCAGAGUGCACAGAGCAGUCUUUUGUAUGUUUUUGUAUUUUGGAGUGAGAUGUUAUGACGCGUCUUUGUUUAUUUAACGUGAUAUAUUUUUGGGAAAUUUAAAGGUCGAGUAUGGUUUCUUUUUCGAAAAAUACUUUAAAUGAGUGUGUAAUGUAUUUCAUCAAAUUAUGAUCGUGCGAAUAAGACUUAAAAUAUUUAUUAGUUGUCCAAAUUUGUUAAGUUUCGUGAAUGUUGUGCCAAUAAUGAGAUAGUGGUGUCUUGUGAUGUGGUUGUGGAACAUGUGGGACGUGUUAUGGGUGUUGGAAGCAUUGGCACUGACCAUUGGAGUGGGAUCAUCGCCAUUAGACCCUAGUUUACCAAUAACAGGAGGUAAGAAAAGACCUUGCCACCUACGCAGUCGUACAUAAGCCUUCCUAAGUCCUUCCUAACUAACUUGCAUGUAUAUUUUGCUUGGCUGCCUAUUUUAUAUCACUGAAGAAAUUAUACUGUUGUAAAUCGUACUUUGUAAAUAAAAAUAUUUUAUGUUAUAAAUUAAUUAUAAUAAUUAUUAAUGUG